AUGGCGUACUCGCCGUCCCCGACAUCCCCCUUAGGCGGGCCUGAUGGCAGCGCAUACCCCCAACGACAGUCACCCACCCCUCCAGCACAACCCUUGUCGAAGCGGGACAAACGCCGGAACCAGCAUGUGGCGCAUCAGCAAGAAUUGUACAAUGAACUGUCCUCGAACCGGGAGCAACACUACCGGGAGCAACUGAUCGCCCUGCAACAUGACAUGAGCCUCAUCUCACAAACCGACCCUUACGAGCCCGAACCACUGGAGGACUCACCAGAAGAGAUAAAUAAGAUAACGGAGUUGACGGCGUCCAGCACGCCAUACCAGUCUCAAAUGUCAUCUUUGGCUGGAAAGUGGUACGCCGAGUUUGUGCACGAGAUUAGUGAUGCAAAGAUCGCCAAGGAAGUUGCACUCAUACAACUCAUGAACAAUCACAACAAGCGCCUCGAAAGACUCAAGUACGAAUGUGACUAUCGUCUCCACCUAGCCGCCGAAGAAUGCGAGCAAAUGACCUCCACCCUCCGAGAGCGGCUGUUCCAAGCGCUAUCGAGCAAGAGACAACGCCUGAUGAAAGAGAAAGAACAACUCGACAUUGCAGAUACCAAUGCGCUCCUCCUCCACCCUAGUCAGUUCAGCAUCACCAACCCUGCGAGUCCUGGGGGCAACCACACCAGUCGCAAGACACGCUUCACCCGCCAUCGCGAGCAGGAAGACAUGAAUGGCGUUGGAGAAGUCACGAAUAAACGGAAGCGAAAGCUCGCAGAUGACGAUGUCGGCUCUCCGUCCCGGAAUGGCAUUUCCACGCCUGGAGAGCGUGGCCGAGCUGCAUUGUCAAACCAGACCGCCCCUCUCUACUCUAUCCACACACUUUUCACAGAGAAAGAGCUGAACUUUCAGUCACAUCAGGCGCAGAUCGCGGCUCGACACUUCUUCUCAACCUCCCGCAAGGAAGGUGAGACGGGCAAUGCGCGCAAUCGACACAAGGUGGAUGACGACCAAUCACGAGGCUCUGACGGUUCAGCGUCUGAGGAGGACGAGGAACUAGACGCACCUGAGAUGGACAGGUCGGCCAGUCAGAAUGUGCAUGUGACCCGGUCAACUCGCACGAUCGGUGGUAUAAGUGGCCUGAAUGCCUUGAGCGAGCUUGCAGAGAAAGCCGCAACACGUCCGGCGCUGCCAUACGCAACCUUGCACACGCAUCAAGGAAGGCAAGGCACGUUCCUGCCCCAACCGAGUCGGUUGAUGGCCGAAGAGCUCGAAGAAGAUCUAUUCAAGAUCACCCAGUCUGAGAACCAGCCAAAGGGGCAGCUGGACAGGAGGGCAGUUGAGGAAGCCCUCAAACCCUUGUCAGAGUCGAGAAGCAAUCUGGCGCCGGACUGGCCAGUGUAUCUCGAUGUUCAUCUGGUGGACGUGGAUCCGCGGAAGGCCACCGGCGUAUGA